AUGGUAGUGUUGAUUAGAAAUCUGCAAAAGCGUAUAGUUUUAAACAUUCCAUUGAUUUUGCAGAAUGCUAACACUCUGGUAGACAUCUUAAGGAUCAACCACUUCGAUGUAAACCUCGUUUUUGUGGGAAAAGGUUUUAUAAAGAGCUUGAAUUUAAGAUAUAGGAGAAGAAAUGUCACGACAGACGUUCUUGCAUUUCCGUAUCUUCAGGUAAGAUCAUCGAAAAGGAAAGGCUCCUUCUUCCUUGUGGUAACCAUAAAAUUUUCAAAUGUGCAGUGCACUCAUUUGAUGCAGCUGUAUAUGUUUUGUGACUGAACUCAAAACUUCUCAAUUUGGAUAGAUCUCAACAUCAAGGACUUAUUAGAUGGCGUGGCAAAUGGAAGGGGAGGAUUUCUGAAAAAAAGGUCUAAAGCAGUUUUUUUGAACAAUCCCCCCAAAAUGGUAGUGGGCACCAAGUAAAUUCAAGGAUUGUUGUAGACACCAGGAAACAAAUUUAUUUAAUGACUGUUUAUUUAUCAUGUUGCUCCAUGUAAGAGAAUCGAAUUGAGUCUCGGACUCUGGAUUCCACACCGUGGAUUCCGGAUUCCAGGUACUGGAUUCUGGAUAUUUUGUCAGUGGACCUUUGAUUCCGGAAUCCAAUACUUGGAUCGAUCCAAAUUUCUUGUGCUGUAUGCCGGAUUCCAAAGCAUAGGAUUCUGGUUUCCACAAGAGAAAUUUCCAAGAUUCUGUAUUCCACAAGCAAAGAUUUUCCAGAUUCCAGAAUCUAGAUUUCCUUACAUGGGGGUGAUAUCACUGUUCUUUUCACCAGUUACCAAAGCCAGGAGUCCUACCACAAAUGCCAUUGAAGCCCCAUGAGUACACACUGGGGGAUAUUGUCCUUGGAACUCAUAAAAUAACUGAAGAUUGUGAAUCUGAUGGAAUUGAGCUAGAUACUUAUUUACCAGUAAGUCAUCCAGCAUUGCUGUUCUCAAGUUUCGUUUUGAAUUCUUAAAAAGGCUAUGACAGUGGUUUAUGUGUGAUCAGUUUAAAACAUGCACUGCAGACUAUGGACUGGGCAUUCCAAUUCCAUGCAUACUGCGCUCCCACUUUGCUUCAAAAUCCUGAAUCCUGGCCUCUAAAAUAAGGCAAAUGUUGGAUCCUGAAGAAACCUGUUGAGGCAUGAGGAGCCCCUGGACAGAGACAUUGACUAAAAAGCUAUGGAACGUGAGUUAUACACGUAGCAACCAGACCAAAGAAGGCAUAAUGGUAAAUAAUGACAUUUACAGAUAAAGAAAAAAACUGGGAAACUUUGGCAGUCUUACUUUAGUUCUUGCCCAGUGUUCUCUCUAAAUUUUAGCUCAGCGGGUGAGGGACCAUUCUUGACUGGUAAGGCCAAAAAUUUGUGCCGUUCUCCUGCCCAGGGGGGUGGGGGGGGGGGUUCGCAUUCAUGAAGGCUUUUUUUACUACACCCAGUCCAUAGUCCACAUAUUUUGACAUCCAGUCCAUGUUUUCUAUCAAUUCAACAGUUCACAGGCUAUAGUCUGUAGUCCUUGUGGUAUAUUGGCCCACCUGACACAGAAUUUACUGUAAUGUUUGAGUCACAGGACACCCACUCAUUAAAGGCUUGUAAAGUAAAGACCUUUUCUUUGUUGUACAUUCUUAGGUUAUUAUAACACAUGGUCUUUGUCACUUACUUGGGUAUACACAUGAGACACAGGAUGAGCUAGAUAAGGUUGGUAAAAUUUCUUAUUGUUCUACUUUGGUCUUUUCUAGGCAAUUACCUCAAUGUGUGUUGAUUGUUCAUCAGUGACUUCUAAGUACUGGUAUACUGAAUUAACCUGACUGUGUUUUAAGACAUUUGAGGAGUACAAUGGGGUUAGCAAUGCGACCAUCAAAAAUGCAAUAGGUUUUAAUAAUUAUAUACGUCUCACUUUUUGAUUCAUUUCUUUGCUGCCACUACUACAAGACUGCAACAUAGAAUUUCCUGAUGAAAGUUUUAUGGGGGACACAAGCACACAACAUCCGAUUUCUCUGAAAAUGCAUAAGGUUUCCAAAAUACAGUGUUAAAAAUUCAAUGUCAGAAGAAUUCGAAUUAUUCAAGUUUUACAAAUUCAUCAAGUUGUAAUGAUCGAUGGCAAUAGUUAAAACGAACCCAAAAUUACUGUAAAAAUAACGUUUUCACUGCCAUCGGCGUUCUGCAUCUUAAACUCGCUAUUCCUUUUUUUCUCCAGAUGCGCAAUAAAGAGGUCGAAGUAUUAAAGGAAUUUAACGGAAGAACUGGCUUCAAUUCAGUGCCUGUCACCCCGGAAAAAGUUGAACUCUUCAGG